AUGGGUAAUUCCUUGUGUUGUUGCCUUCAACAUGCAGAUCGGAUCACUAUUGAAGAUGAUUCAGCUGCUGUGAUAUCGUUUAGCUCGUCCGAGUUAAGUGCAUACACUGAUGGGUUUAGUGCGAAAAAUUUGCUUGGGCAUGGAGGAUUUGGCAGUGUUUAUCUUGGAAACUAUAAUGGUAAACUAGUAGCUGUCAAGGUCUCUCGCCAAUUAGAUACAAAAACCAGGCUUCAAUGGCAGGCUGAGAUUAAGUACUUAUCCAACAUGAUGCAUAGUAAUAUCAUCAAGUUGGUUGGCUAUUGUAAUACUCCAGAGAAAUUGUAUCUUGUCUACCCAUUUAUGCAACAUGGAACUGUCAAGAGCAAAUUAUCGGGACUAGACUGGAAUAGAACCAUGAAAAUUAUCACGGGAGCAGCACGUGCAAUACGAGAGCUGCAUUGCCAUUCACCUCCACUUGUCUAUCGCGAUUUAAAGCUUGACAAUCUUUUGUUGGAUAAGGAUUUUACUCCCAUACUAGCUGAUUUUGGGGCAGUUACACCUGAGGGAGAAGCUUUGAGACUUGGUACCUCUGGAUACACUGAUCCAAUAGUUAUGAACAAUGGGCCUGGAACCAAGCCAAAUGACAUAUACAGCUUGGGAGUGAUGAUAUUGCAGCUAAUUAUGAAGGAAAAGGUCGUUUCAUUUCCAGGAUCUAGCGUUCCCUGGCAUAUUACUCACUGGGCGAGCACAAUUCACUCUGCCAAAGGACAUGCAGUUCAUCAAAAACUAACAACAACUGGGUGCUCCAAAGCUGCUGCAAUUGCAAUUACAAAGCUUGGACUGGAUUGUACUCGUCCUAAUAUGUCUGAGCGUCCCAAUAUUAGUGAAGUCCUUCGUAGAAUCAUAAAUUUAGAAUGA